GCAGAAACGCUGCCGUAUUUGGGUGCACGUGCCUUCAUUCACAACCCUAUCUUCCUUCCUCGUCUCUCGAUCUUUUGCGCCGACACUUUCAUCCUUCUGGCCUCUCGAUCUUUUGCGCCGACACCAUGCAGCAUAUGGGGGGUGGUGUAGGUCUACGCUUCAUUAUGUUGAAACACAUGCCUCUGAGUAUGAAGUAUUGUUGUAUUGAUGAGGUGGAAUUGAAGGAUGGUACUGAACGUAAUCUAGAAGAAUUAGAAUUUCAAGGAAAUUGUUUGCAUAAAGACAUUCCGGCUUGCGCUGGAUUUGUUUGUGUCGGUGAUACCAUGUUCAUGUUCGGGGGUUCCUUCUACUCGAUCCCACAGUCCAUUUCAACUACACAAAUUACGUCAACAAACUACUUGUCAACUGCGCCACUACCUGUUGGUUCAUCUCCUGUGACUUGGACUCGUAGCCCCACUAGUAUGAGUGUAGUCCGAGUCAACCCCAUGGUAGCCCCAUUACACGAUGGCAGGAUAUUCAUCUGUGGUGGCACUCCUAUAAGAAGUAGUUGGGCUGAGAUCUACGACCCGAAGACAGGCCAGUUCCUUAGUGUGGAUUUGCCUACGAACGUGGCUAAGAUUCCCUUACCAAGAUCUUGCUUUCAGUACACCAAAGAAUUGGUUCUGGUAUACUAUGAUGCCUGGUUUUACAAUCAGGACGAAUACGAAGGCCGAGCUCGCAUGUCUUGCGACAUUGAAGGAUACGAACCAAUACUCCUCCAGUACAAUUUGGUAGAAAACCAUUGGGAUGUCUUCGCAAGGGUAUUACCUGAGUCAUACCCUGAUGCGUAUAAGAGGAACCUCAUCUAUGUGGGUGGAAACAUUCUAUUCAUGAUGUACUUCUCAUAUAAAUGGUUGGUCUACAAUCUGUCCUCAAAGGAGGUGGUGGCAAACGUGGAGGUGGAGCUUCCUGAUGAGGAUGUGAUUGGAGCUUUCAACACUCAUACCACAAGCACUAGUUGGGUCUUCUACAUAUUCAUUCGUCAUGUGGUUAAUUUUAUGACUGAUGGUGUUCGAUAUGCCAAGGUCGAGGUUGUCCAAGGCAAGGACGGGGAUUACAUUGCUACUGUUCAGAUGAACGGUGUCCUGAGAGUAUCUCCCUUUUCAAAUAUGUAUAUGUUUGGUUUUAAAGCAAGGUCUAAGAGAGGUGCGGAGGAAGAGAAGAAAGGGAAAGAGAAGAUGAUGCGUAAUGAGUGAAAGCCUAGUCCUAUCCCAAUUCCUUCUUGUUCAUCUUCCCUUAGUUCUUGCAGAACUCAUCCCGUAUUUUGUUUUGUCAGACUUAACGCCGUAUUUUGUUUUGUCA